AUGAUUAGGAGUAUACUGAAAAAUAGUGAAAUUGAGAAGAUUUUUCUAAGACCUUUCGUUACCACCUCACCGGUUCGAAGCUCCCAGGAUAGCAAAGACUCGCCAUUAAAAAAGCUUCUAGACGAUUCCUCGUCGUUUCAAGACGUCACUAAAGAAUACAAGCAAGAAUGGGUAACACUACCGUAUCCCCAAGGGACGAAAAUACGAAAACAGGGAGAAUCCUUCCAUAAGGCCAAAAAGGACCCUAGAGAUGCCACAAUUAUACUGUUUCCCGGCCAGGGCACCCAAUACGUAGGCAUGGCGAAAGACCUGCUUAAAUUCCCUUUGGCUAAAGAUUUAUUCGAACUAGCGAAUUAUAUCCUGGGUUACGAUUUGCUAAACCUCUGUUUGCACGGCCCCAAAGACAAGUUAGACCAAACAAAGUACUCUCAACCGGCCAUUAUGGUCUCUUCCUUGGCAGCCAUCGAGAGACUGAAAGAAGAACGACCCAAUGCUAUAAUAAAUUGCUUCGGUACGGCCGGUUUCAGCUUAGGUGAAAUAACUGCGCUCGUUUUCGCCGGUGCAUUGGGAUUCGAAAGAGCUUUACAGUUGGUUCGAAUAAGAGGCGAGGCGAUGCAAAUAGCCAGUGAGGCGUACAAAGGCGGCAUGGCUACCGUUUGGUACGCCCCCGAUAGUAAUUUAAACACCGCUUGCCUCAAAGCCAAAGAAUGGGCGGUCGAUAAAGGCGACAUCAUGCCCGAAUGUAAAAUCGCCAACUACCUCCAUCCUUCGUGUAAAGUCAUAUCCGGUAGCGAAUCCGCUCUGGACUUCCUGGAGAAGAACCUCAAGGAGUUCAAGUUGAAAAAAAUUAAACGUUUACCGGUAAGCGGGGCGUUCCACACCGAUCUAAUGGCCCCCGCUAUGGACACCUUCAGGAAGGCCCUGAACAAAUCCGAUAUUAAGGACCCCGUGAUAACCGUCUACUCCAACGUGGACGGCAAGCCUUACAAAAACGCCGAACACAUUCGCAGGCAACUCCCCAAACAGAUAGUGAAGCCCGUGAAGUGGGAGCAAUUGUUGCACGUUGUGUAUGAAAGAGCGCCAGGCACGGACUUUCCCAGGACGUUCGAAGUAGGCCCGGGCACGUCGCUUCGCGCGAUCCUGAAGCAAGUCAACGGCAAGGCUCACAACGAAUCCUUCUGCAUAGAAGCGUAA